CCCGCGUGGCUCGGGGGCCCGACGGGGGCGGCGGUGCCGGGUGGUGCUGGGAGCCCCGCGGAGCCCGGAGGGACCCCAGGCGUCCGCGGCGCCUGCGGAGUUGAGGGGACGGCGGGCGGGGCCGUCUCUGACUAAAAGGCCGGAGUCCCGCGUGGGAACGUGGGCGCUCGGGCUCGCAGGGCCCGCGGGAGGCCCGCCCCAGCGAGAAGCGGGCUGCUUCGUCGUGUGGCCGCGGGUGGAGAGGGCGCGUGUGUGACGUGUGCGCGCUGGGCCCACGGAGAGGGGGUGGGGCCGCGGGGCGGCGUGAGUGCGCGCGCACGACAUGCGUGCGCGCCUGACGUUGUGACGUGUGCGCGCGCGUCGCGGGUGAGCCGGGCUUGCUUCCGCGGGGCGGUGCGCUUGCGGGCCGCCGUGGAGCCAGGCGGGGCGUCUGCUGGGGUGAACUGCUCUGGCCGAGUAGGCGACGUCAGACCCGGUCUCCUCAUCGGUGAAGCGUGGACGUCAGUCGUCCCUGCCGCGCGGCGUCGCUCUGAGCACUCACGUCUUGUUAGCUGCUAUUGUAUUUAUCUGUUACUUCCGUGAUUCCUGAGGCUGGAGCUCCCAGUCUCCAGGGCCCUCGCUUCUCAAUUACCUCGUUGGUGCAGUGGAAGAGGGAAGAGGCCGGACCAGGCAGUCACCGCGCCCUUUCCUGGCUCUGACCUUCCCCAAGCCCCCAGUUACUAUGUACUGUGUGUUCGUUCAUUCGUUAUUUGUUACGUAUAAGCAUGACAGUAUCCUGAAGCCAUCGAAGGCUGAGUGACGGUGGAAGGUCUGGGACAAAUUUAAGAAGAGCGAGGUGAGCUGGAGCUGAGACGGGUGGACGGACAGGCCACACAGGGGAUGUCCCCUCUUUGGAGAGUUUGUGAGGGCAUGGUCGGGAAUGAAAGGCUUGCCAGCCGGAGCCAGGGAAGCUCCGUCAUCACCCCUCUGGGAACACCCCCUCCUCCCCUCGUUUUCCGUUCACUGUUUCCAGAAGCAAACUGCCCUCAAACAGCGCCCUGUUGUUGCUGGCAUCUAGAAAGAUGCUGAGGUUCCCGCUCUCCUGGCCUGACGCAAGUCUUUUUUGAGGUUAUCUGUUCUGACCUUAAUUGAAAAAUGGGGGGAAACAGUUGAGUUUGAGAAGCUGACAAAGUGAGACGGUGCAGUUUGUUAGUGGCAGAACCAUGGUUAGAGGUCAAGUCUGCAGAUGCCCAGGCCACUGCCCAUCUUGUCACUGUUAAGUCAAAGAUAGUUUCGUUUCGUUUCUUUUCUUUUCUUUUCUUUUCUUUUCUUUUCUUUUCUUUUCUUUUCUUUUCUUAGCAUUUUAUUUACUUAUUCACGAGAGACACAGAAACAUAGGCAGAGGGAGAAGCAGGCUCCCCGCGGGGAACCGGUUGUGGGACUCCAUCCCAGGACCCUGGGAUCACAGCCUGAGCCUCCCAGGUGCCCCUCAAAGAUAGUUUCUUACUAAGUUGUAAGCAAGUUAGAACAAUUUUUUAUCUUGCCUUGAACACUCCCAUCUCUCUCUCUCUCUCUCUUUUUUUUUUUUUUCCAGAGGUUUCUUCGAUUAUCUGACUUCAAGGGAUUAAUGGUAUUAGAAGGAAAACAGAUUAACAAUGUGGCUUGGGUUUUUUGAUUUUUUUCCCUACCACAUCAGUUCUGACAAAUCCAUAGUGUUUCCUCCUUUUAGGUUACUGUAAAAUGUUAAACUCAUCUUCUCAUGUUUUUAAUUUUUCUGUGUCACAGAACCUAAAUUGGUAAUAAAUCAAUAAGAAACAAAUGUUUACAUUCACUCAGUGAAAAGUAUCAUGUCUAAGCUCAACAUAUAUCGGAGCCACACAUGGACACGUAAGUAUCUUGUAUGUGAUGCUGUGAAGGCAGGUAAAUCCAGGAACGGCAAGGCAGGCCAAGUGUCUCCUAACUUCCUUCUUCCUUCCUUCUUCCUCAGCUCUCCCUCCUCCACUAAGAGUGGAAAAUGAACAGAUCUCAGGAACAAGUGUCAUUCAAAGAUGUAUGUGUGGACUUCACUCAGGAAGAGUGGUAUCUGCUGGAUCCUGCUCAGAAGAUACUAUACAGAGAUGUGAUUCUAGAAAAUUAUAGCCACUUUGUCUCAGUAGGAUAUUGCAUUACUAAGCCAGAAGUGGUCUUCAAGAUUGAGCAAGGAGAAGAGCCCUGGAUAUUAGAGGCAGGAUUCCCAAGCCACUGCCACCAAGAAGACUGGAAAGUUGCUGACCUGAUAGAGAGCAGCCAGAACAAUGAAGACGAACAUUUUUGGCAACUUGCUUUCACCGCCAACAAAACAGUAAAUAUAGAUAGUGGUGAUAGAGUCAGGAAAGCUUUCAAUCUGGGCACAGAUUCUGUUCCUUCAAGAAAUUUUCCAUAUAAGAUAUGUGACUCGUGUGAAAUGAGUUUGAAAAAUAUUUCAGGCUUAAUUAUUAGUAGGAAGAACUAUUCUGGAAAGAAGCCUGAUGAAUUUAAUGUCUAUGAGAAAUUGCUCCUGGAUAUUAGGCAUGAGAAAACUCCUCCUGGGGGGAAAUCUUAUAAAUACAAUCAAAAAAGGAAUGUGCUCAAUCAUAGCCACAAUCUCAAUCAGCCAAUUUUUGACCAGCCUUCUGAAUAUAAUGAAAAUGGACAAGCCUUCCAUGAGGAAGCGGCCUUUUUUACAAACAAGAAAAUACAGAUUGGAGAGACGCUCUGUAAAUAUAAUGCAUGUGGAAGAACCCUCAUCCACAGUUUAGAACUCAGUUUAUCUCAGACUACUCAUUUAGAGAUGGAGCCAUAUGAAUGCAAUAUUUGUGGGAAGUCCUUUUAUACAGAUUUAAGAUUGGGACAUCAGAGAAAUCUUACAGGGGAGACUCCUUAUGAAUACAAUGAAUAUGGGCAAACCUUAUGUGAUAACUCAACUUUCAUUAUUCAUCAAGAAACCUAUGCAAGAAAGAUUCCCCAUGAAUAUAAAGUAGAUCAUAAAACAUGGGAAAAAUCAGCCCUCUUUAAACAUCAGAUAGUACACAUGGGCAAGAAACCUUACGAGCACAAUGAAAAUGGAAAUAACUUCAACAAAAAGUCACAUCUCACCCAACUUCGAAGAGCUCACUCAGGUGAAAAAACUUUUGAAUGUGGUGAAUGUGGGAAAACAUUCUGGGAGAAGUCAAACCUCACCCAGCAUCAAAGAACACACACAGGAGAGAAACCCUAUGAAUGUACUGAAUGUGGGAAAUCCUUUUGUCAGAAACCACACCUUACCAACCAUCAGCGAACACAUACAGGAGAAAAACCCUAUGAAUGUAAGCAGUGUGGAAAAACAUUCUGUGUAAAGUCAAAUCUUACAGAACAUCAGAGAACGCAUACAGGGGAGAAACCAUAUGAAUGUAAUACAUGUAGGAAAUCCUUCUGCCACAGGUCAGCCCUAACUGUCCAUCAGAGAACACACACAGGAGAGAAACCCUUUAUGUGUAAUGAAUGUGGGAAGUCCUUCUGUGUGAAGUCAAACCUCAUCGUACAUCAAAGAACUCACACAGGGGAGAAACCCUAUAAGUGUAACGAGUGUGGGAAAACCUUUUGUGAAAAAUCUGCUCUCACUAAACAUCAGAGAACUCACACAGGGGAGAAACCCUAUGAGUGUGAUGGAUGUGGGAAAACAUUCAGUCAGAGGUCAGUACUCACAAAACAUCAGAGAAUUCACGCAAGGGUGAAGGCUCUUUCCACAUCCUGAUGUCCAGAAGCCUUCACCCACCCAUUCAAAUUCUUACACCAUUUCUAAAAACAAGAUGAAUGAAGCCCAAAGAAUGUCUUACAUUACUAGAAAGUGAUGUCUUGUCAUACUUCAAGUAAUUAAUACUGGAAUAAAACCUUACUGAUACUUUGAAUAUGUGAAAGUGCUCAAGAAAAACUGAAACUUUUCAUCAGAAAAUUUAUAUUGAGGGUAAAUUUAUUCACUUAAAGAAUGUGUAGAAAUCUAUGUCUAGGAUUUAUGUUGUGUCAUAUUCCAGAUGUGAUACCAAAUUUUAUUGUAAAUAUAGUGGAUGGUGUUCAUUCAUACCUAUAUUUACAGUGGGAUCUGAAGUUUAAAAAAAGUUGAAUCACGAUAGCGUGAAGAGUCCUGAUGUUUGCAGGCCUGAUAUAGUAAUAGUAAUAUAGCAGAAAUUGGAGGUAUGCUUGAUUUGUAUACUUGUGAAGAGAAAAUAUCCUUACUUAAAUAAGUGUUACGGUCUAUAUUAAUAUCUCCCACACUAAACACCACCAGUGUCUUUAUAGGUUGAUAUAAUUAUAUAUGUAUAUAUAUGUAUAUGUAAAUCUAUUUAUACACACAUACCCCCACGUAUGCAGUGGUGUGUUGGAAUAAGCUCAUGCUGGCUUGCAACUGCUGAAAGUUAAAUUUUCAGGAAUUUUGUGAGCCAGUUCUUAAACAGUCAUUAUUUAAAAAUUAAGUUAUAUUAAAACCAAGGGUAGUAAAUACUCAGCACUCAUCAUUUCCUAAUUAUUUUAUAACAUUUUGCUCUUAUCUUUGUUCUUUGGGUCACCUAUAUUAUCAAAUGGCAUGGUAAAAAUACCAUAUAACAUGCUACUGCACAUCUCUUCCCACCUCUGCACUCAGUGUUGUCCUGUGAGUAGGUCGGCUUUAGUGGGAGGACUUAGGCCCUGGACAUUGACAAACUCUACAAACCAGGGUUUUAAUUUCCUUAGAGAACCUGUUGUCAAAUACUUACCAGCACACCACUGUGUGUGUAUAUAUAUAUAUCUGGAAAAUUUGAACAAACUACAUACCCCCCUCUCCCAUUUCCUGACAUAAAUAAAUGGUUAUGGCCAUUAUUGCUGAACUGCCUCUUCAGUGAAUAACCCCAAAUUUGUUUUUGUGAGUUUUUUUUUUUUAACUACCUCUGCAUCAGUCUUAAUUGUAAAUACUACUUGAGUCUCUUUAUAGUUUGGCCAGUAUAUGUUCUCUUAAAACCACAUCACCAACCUUCCCUCUGAUGUUGCUAGCAUAUAUGAAUUAGUAUGGCCGUUGUUACUAAUCUACUACUUCCCUAAAGAAGCCACUGAGGAUUUUUAGCUGCCUCUGGGUCAGUCCAUAGUGUAAGUGCUGUUAAUAACCGUGAUAUUUAUGUGAGUUUUGCAAAGGUUAACAUCAUUUAUGAACAGGAAUACUCACUGCACAGCACAAAUAAAAUUUCUAGUAUUACUAGAAUGCUACUUUCUUACUCUAGAUAUUUCAUUAUUGUAUCUAUUUAGGCAUGAUAUGUUGUAUGUGACCCAGGAACUAUGUAUUUGUAUUUAAAAUAAUAGGGUGUCAUAUACUGUCUCUGCCUCCUUUGUCCUACUGUUUUCUGCACCUCCUUGGAACACACUGAUCAUCAGUUCCAAGAGACACUGCCCACCUAGCACCCAUACUCUAUUUUUUACUUGCUGGGCUCUGUUUUGUCUCUCUUUCCAUUCUUCCCCCAGAUGAUCUAGGAGUAAAUUCAGAUUAAUCUAAGUUAAUCGUGGAGAUACUAGUCUAAUGAUUCUGUUGAAGUGUUUGGGAAAUAUUCUGUGAUUCUUCUGGGAAAGACCUCAGUGAUAAACCAUUGUUGUGACAUGAGAAGACACAAGGGGAGAUUGUCUCUCUUAGGCUGGACUUUUUCUUUUUUUUUUUUUAAUUCUUUUUAUUUUUUUAAAAAGAUUUUAUUCACGAGAGACACAGAGAGAAAGGCAGAGACACAGGCAGAGAGAGGAGAAGCAGGCUCCAUGCAGGGAGCCCGACAUGGGACUCGAUCCCAGGACUCCAGGAUCAUGCCCUGAGCCAAAGGCAGACUCUCAAUCACUGAGCCACCCAGAUGUUCCUGGACUUUUUCAUAUUUGUAUGUUAUAUACCAAAUUAUAGCUGGUGACCUUGAAGGGCAAUAGCCUGAAGAUAGCAGUAGAUAAAAUGGGACAAGCCUGGCUCAGAGGGGAUGUCAUUGAGCCACAUAACUGCAUCUGGGCCUGUUCUCUGCUAGGACUUCAUAUUACUGUGGUAAUAAUGGUUGCUUUUUUAUCCUUAGGGCAGUCUGUUACUUCUAGAUGAAGGCCUUCCAAUAGAUGAGUAUUUAGGUUCUAAGUGUUUAUGUUCUAUACAGUGAUUUGGAGGAAGAAUGAUUUCUUUUGACAAGGUAAUACAAAGAUAACUAUUUGUAUCAGCCCUGUUUCUAAUGAAAAACAGAAUUCUACCCCAACUAAGAGGAUUGUACACAGUAGACUUAACUACAGUGAUGUGGGCCAGAAACAAGGGAUGCUCAAGCACCUAGAGACUAGCAUCACCCAGAAGCCGUGACCAUUCUAAGUCAUAAAGGGGCAAAGGAUGGAAACAAGUGUCACCAGAGCCCAAUAAGAGCUGCUGUCAUGGAGGAGAGACUAUCUCCUAGGAGAUCUUUUCCCUACCAGAAUCAUGGCCCUGAACUACUGAUGCCUCCCUUUGAAGAAUCUAACCAGAUGUUAUUUGCAGAGUAGCCCAGGUGGAUACAGAAAGUGGAAAGAAGGUCUGGGUGCAGUCGAUGGAUAAUAAGCAGCACAGUGUUUGUUUCUGUAAAUUCCUACGUAAAGUCUCAGUAUUAGAAAUAAACUUAUUCUGCUAGUUGAAAGUGAAGUCUUUUUACUUCAUUGUGCUUUUGUAUUGUCACAAGUAAAUUCCUUUUGAAAUUGAGCACUGUGGCAGGUAUGUCUGUUGACAUGCAUGAAGCAGACAUUAUGUUAAAUUACAUUAUUCAUAUAUCCCUCUGUGGUGUUUCUUGUUAAAUGUGUUGUGAGGUAAGCAGUUCUGUAUUCUUCCAAAUAAAUAGCCAUUUGUCCCUGCAUUGUUUGAUUAAUUUACCCUUUUCAUUGUCUGCUCAAUAGGGCAUUUUUAACAUGUACUUAAAUAUUAUGUGUAGUGGCUGUUGCUUUUUAUCUACUCAAGGCAAAUUUUCUACAUUCUUCAGUAGCAUAACCUGUCCUUGUGAACACAAGAGUUGACAUUUAUCCCAGAUGAUACCAUCUCUUCCUGGCUCGAUGUGUGUAUUGAACCAGGAGUCAUCAUUUGUUACAAAAUAGGCUAAUGAGAACCCAUCCUAGAAUAUUUUUCACAAGUCAUCAUGACCAGAUAGUUUGUGUCCUUGUUGCCGCCAGAAGUCCUAUCAAGAAAUUAUGUCUGCAACAGAGAAGACAAUGGGGAUAAGUGCUGCAAAGUAAAUUAAAGAUAGGAACAGUUGUCAGAAAGUCUGAUUCUACAUAGCAUAGAGAGGGAAUGAUGUCAUGGGGAAGGAUAGAGUGGUGGGAGGGAGCCAUUUGGUUAUCUGGUAAGUGCAUUGUGCAUGUGUGAGUGAUACAUGUAGAUGUGUAACCAACAGUUUUACGUACCUAUGAUUUUGCUUCUGAAACAGCACCCUAAUUACCUGCACUUUGAUGUUUUAUUUUGUAUUGUACCACAUUCUGUUAAGAGAAAUGUUUGCUCCCAUAUACCAAACUGAUGCCACAGCCAGUGAAUGGGUCAUCUUCCAGAUUUUAAAAACCAAUGCUCAAGUGCAAAAUCAGAAAAGGAAUUACUGGGUCAUAGGUAUGGCUUUCUGAAUUGACUAAGCGAUUUACAUUCUACUGCCUGGAAAUUGUUUCCUGAUAAACUCCCUAGAACCUGUCUUGGGAAUUGGGCCCACGGUUCUCUAUGUGAAACUUGCCCCCUGCCCUUUCCCAGUGUGCCCUGUCACUUGAUAUCCAGCCUUAUACUUGGCAGGGAAAGGUAGAGCCAUAGCCUCUGGAAAGUUCCAACCCAUGCCCUCAACCACCUUGCUGCUCCCUGCAGGAAAUUGCAGCUGUAGCUGUGCUUGCCCUACCCCUUCUACCUCUGUGUUUCUGGGGAAGGCUUAUCCUAUUCUGAUUUCCCUUAUUUCCACUGAAUCUUGACGUGCCACUCAGUGGUGGGACACUACAUAAUUUCUGCCUCCUCUCUCUUCCCCACCUGCUCCUCCUUUUAGAUUCUACACAUCUCCAGGCUCCUCUUUCAGACCAUGAGCAACCGAGAUCUCUUCUUAGAAGAGCAAGGUCUCCUCAGAUAUUUGGGGAGGUUGGAAACUGAUGAUAUCUUGCCUGCUCCACUGUGUCUGGAGUCCAUAGUUUGGAUGGUUCAUCCUCUCUGGUUCAGUUUCCUCAUAUACAAAAUAGGAAUAGUUAUCCCCAUCAGAAAGAACGGGCCUUAUUUUCAGCUUACUUGUAGUGACACACAGGCCAAAAAUUCUCACUUGUCUAACCCCCCAAAAGUAGUUCACAUCCUCAGAGAACAGGAGGGGAGUUUAGAACUACUUGAAUGUAACAGAUGAGUCGUCUUCACCCUUGCCUGUCCUAAAAUAGCUAUUGGUUUUUAAUUCAGCAUGUAUCCUCAGCCUUUUUCUGUGCAUUUUAACCAUAUUUGUUUACCUAUGGAGAAUUUUUAAUAAACCAAACUCUUCUGGGCAUUUGA